AUCAUUCAAAAAGUUCUUGGUUUGGUUUUCAUUUAUAAAAUAGCAAGAAUUGUGUGUUGCAUUAGUAUGAUUGUCAGUACAUAAUUCAUACAGUUAAGUAUCAAUAGAGAAUAUAAGAUCUGCUAAAUUACAUAUUAAGAAUAGACCCUAAAUAACUAGACAAUAAUGAAGAAAUUCAGAAACUGUCAAAUAGAUAUUACAUAGAACAAGCACUAUUGACUAAAACUAUCUCAUGCUGCAAUCUCAACCAUUUUUAAGACUAAACCUGUAAAAUUUUCACCAUAUGUAUUACCUUAGAAAUGUAGAUUAAUCGGGCGUCGAUCGCUUGAGUUGUAGAAGAGUUGCGAUCUAUGACAAUCCUUCUCACUAUGAGUCAUAGAACUCAAUAAGAGAAGAAAGUUAUGAUUCAGCGAAUCUAUCAUUAUAUAGACCUCGCCAAGCUGUGGAUAUUUUACAUAAUUAUAGGUUUCUCAGAUCGUAAGCUCCUUCCCGUUCUUGAGCUAUAAAACUCAUAGUGAAAACAGUUGUCAUACAUUAUAACUUUUCUUAAAGUUAAAUGAUCAAGAAUGGGCUGAUCUCGUUGAGUUACACUGCUAAGAUAGUACAUAUACCAAGAGUUUCAAAUAUGUAGGCUUAAGAACAGUUGAGAUUACAAGAAGAUACUAUCGGUCAAUAAUAUAUUUCUUUAUUGAGCUCAAUAAUGCCUGUUCAAAACAGUAUCUAUUGACAAUUUCAUUGUAAAUAAAAACUUUGAAGAAUCUUUUAUCAUCGAGAAAAAAAUCAGCUCGAUUUAUUGAUCACUAUGUUCAUACGAAAGUAUAGGAAUCCAUUUUAAAUGAUCCUAAAUACACGGAUAGACAAUGAAAAACUUAAGCAAAGUUUUCAGCUUUGAAAAUUGACUUGCCAUCAAAUAUUUACAAACCUAUGACGACAGUUUACAAUAAUAAUGUUCUAUUACAUACAAUGAUAUUUGAAUAGACUCGUCGAUAUCAUAUUAGAAAGUGUAGUAUUUUCGUUGUUUGAUUUUAGUUAAAAGUAAUUGAUCAUUUCAAAUGAAAACAACAUUUGGACUUUAUCUAUUUGCAAUUUAACACUAUCUUCGAUUAUUAAACUUUCGAAAGCUGUCAUAAUUAUAUGAUUCACAUAUAAGUUAUUAUUAAUGUAUAAUAAUUCAUCUUUAAAGCGAAAAUUUCAUUUCGAAGUUAUAAUAAGCAAUGGAAAAUCAGCUAUCACAAGUUAUCACCAUAUGCUCAUAAAAAUUACAUAAUGCAUGAUUUUUCAUCACAAGCAAUUUUACUAUUAAGCAUUUUUCAUGUUUUUUUUGAUUUUCUGUUCUACAAUCUAUUUCUAUAUUUUCAUAUGUUAAAUUCAACAAAUCUUACUAUGUUGAUAGAUAAAAGAUUGUAUGAAUUACAAAUACAGUCAACAAUACUAACAUAGCAGUAUUUGUUGUUGUUUUUAAAAUCAAUCAGGGAAAUUUUUGAACUCUCCGUCUAUAUCACAAUAACAACACAGUAUAGUCUUCACAGAUAUUUGAUAAUUAUUUUAAAAUCUGCGAUAUAUUAUCUUUCAUUUGAUGCUAUGAAACAAGAAAAUUUUUCUUUUUAGAAUUAUCCUUUAACUGAAUGUCUUUCUGGUGAUUAUGAAAUGCGUGAAUUGUGUCCAGAUUUAAUAAAUGACGUACUUAAUGAAUAUGUAAUACCAAGUAAAAUGAGAGUAUUUCUUAUAAGUAAAGAAUUUGUAUCAAUAGCAAUAGAAAAAGAAAAAUGGUUUGGUACACAAUAUAAAAAAGAAUAUUUACCAGAUGAAUUUAUUAAAAAAUGUGAAACAUGUGAUAUUAUUCCUGAACUUCAUUUACCAAAACCAAAUGAAUUUAUUCUAACAGAUUUUCAUUUACCAAAACCAAAUGAAUUUAUUCCAACAGAUUUUCAUUUAUUUUCAAAAGAAAAAAAUUCCAUACGACCACAAUUACCAAUAAAAAUUAAAGAAAAUGAAUUUUAUCGUCUUUAUUAUGCUGAUGAUUCAUUUUAUAAAUUACCUAAAGCUUAUCUUUAUUUUGAAUUUCGAAAUCCAUUGGGAAAUGUUGAUCCAAUACAUUUUAAUAUGAAUACAUUAUAUGUUAAAUUAGUUAAAGAUUCAUUAACUGAAGUUGUUUAUCCAGCACAAAUUGGAGGAUUACAAUAUGAAUUAUCUGCUGUGAACUAUGGUAUUCAGUUAACCUUAUAUAGAUAUAAUCAUAAAAUAAAAGAAUUACUUGAUACAAUUAUUGAUCGCAUGGUUAAUAUUAAAAUGAGCGCACAACAAUUUGAAAGCAUUAAAGAAAGAGUUAAACGAGCAUUACAAAAUUUUCGUCGUGAUGUUCCUUAUGAAAUGGCACAAUUUGGUGUAACUUAUUUAACAGCUGAACGUCAAUGGAAUAAAGAUGAAUUACUUAGCUGUAUUACGAUGAAUAAUGUAGAAUCAUUCAUUCCUCGGAUGUUAAAUCGUUUUUAUACUGAUUCAUUAAUGUAUGGAAAUUUAAUAAAACAUCAAGCUCUGGAAUAUAUGACUCUAGUUGAACAAAAAUUUCAAAAAAAACAUUUUUAUCAACCACUUUUUCCUAGUAUGUGGUUUAAUCAACGUGAAUUAAUAUUACCUGAAGGUUGUAAUUAUGCAUAUACAAUGCUAAAUGAUGCACACAAGUUACAUGCCAUUGAAAUUUAUUUACAAUGUUUUCAACAAACACUUGAAAAUAAUGUUUUACUUGAAUUAUUUUGUCAUUUUGUUGAUGAACCUUGUUUUGAUCAAUUACGAACAACAGAACAAUUAGGUUAUAUUGUUAAAGCAGAUACACAUCGUUCACGUGGUGUACAAAGUUUUAGAAUUAUUGUUCAAUCUGCUUAA